CCUUCUCCACUCCCUCCGCCUUGCUCCCUCCGCCCUCCUAGGGCUCUGGCGGCCGCGGAGUGAACGGGACGGGCCCGGCCGCAGAGCGCGGGGCGGCGGCUGGGACGCGGGCGCCCGGCGGAGUUGUUCCGGCCCUGACGGCGGAGACGUGAGGAGGUGGAUGUGGAAAGAGAAGUCUGUAGAAUUGAAAUGGAGGUCAGAGCUUCAUUACAGAAGGUUAGUGGGUCAUCGGAUUCUGUGGCUACACUGAACAGUGAAGAAUUUGUUUUGGUUCCUCAGCAUGCAGAUGAUACUUCUGCAAAAGAUGAUGAAAAACCUGAACUGAAGGUAGUUUCUAAUGGUGAUGAACAAUUGGAGAAAGCCAUGGAAGAGAUUCUGAGAGAUUCUGAGAAAGGGCAAAGCGGUCGUCUUGUUGAUUGUCGAAGUUCCAGUGAGAUUUCAGACCAUUCAUUUGGAGAUGUUUCAACCAGUCAAACAAAUAAGCCAUCGCUUCAAUUAAUUUUGGAUCCCUCAAAUACAGAAAUUUCUACACCCAGACCAUCUUCUCCAAGUGGAUUACCUGAGGAAGAUAGUGUUUUAUUUAACAAACUGACCUACUUAGGAUGUAUGAAGGUUUCUUCCCCACGUAAUGAAGUGGAGGCUUUACGGGCAAUGGCAACUAUGAAAUCUUCCAGUCAUCACCCCUUUCCUGUUACUCUGUAUGUACCUAAUGUUCCAGAAGGUUCUGUGAGAAUUAUAGACCAAUCCAACAAUGUGGAGUUAGCUUCUUUUCCGAUCUAUAAGGUGUUAUUCUGUGCACGUGGACAUGAUGGGACAACAGAGAGCAAUUGCUUUGCAUUUACAGAGAGUUCCCAUGGUUCAGAAGAAUUUCAGAUACAUGUUUUCUCCUGUGAAAUUAAAGAGGCUGUAAGCAGAAUUUUAUAUAGUUUCUGUACAGCAUUCAAACGUUCUUCCAGGCAAGUGUCUGAUGUUAAAGACUCAGUUAUUCCUACCCCUGACAGUGACGUGUUUACCUUCAGUGUCUCCUUGGAGGUAAAAGAAGAUGAUGGAAGAGGAAACUUUAGUCCUGUGCCUAAGGAUAGAGAUAAAUUUUAUUUCAAAUUAAAGCAAGGAAUAGAGAAGAAGGUUGUGAUUACAGUGCAGCAACUUUCUAACAAAGAAUUAGCUAUUGAAAGAUGUUUUGGAAUGUUAUUAAGCCCAGGUCGAAACGUGAAGAACAGUGACAUGCAUUUACUGGAUAUGGAAUCCAUGGGAAAGAGCUAUGAUGGGAGAGCUUAUGUUAUUACUGGCAUGUGGAACCCCAAUGCACCAAUAUUUCUGGCACUUAAUGAAGAAACCCCAAAAGAUAAACGAGUAUACAUGACUGUGGCAGUGGAUAUGGUAGUCACAGAGGUGGUGGAGCCUGUGCGCUUUCUCCUGGAAACAGUAGUACGUGUGUAUCCUGCAAAUGAGCGAUUUUGGUAUUUCAGUAGAAAGACUUUCACAGAGACUUUCUUCAUGAGAUUGAAACAGUCUGAGGGAAAAGGUCACGCCAAUGCUGGAGAUGCAAUAUAUGAGGUAGUAAGUCUUCAGCGACAAUCUGAGAAGGAGGAACCAGUCACUCCCACUAGUGGAGGGGGUCCAAUGUCACCACAGGAGGAUGAAGCAGAAGAGGAGAGUGAUAAUGAACUCUCAAGUGGAACAGGCGAUGUGUCUAAGGAUUGUCCUGAGAAGAUCCUAUAUUCUUGGGGAGAAUUGCUAGGAAGAUGGCACAGUAACCUUGGUGCACGACCAAAGGGGCUGUCCACUCUAGUGAAGAGUGGAGUCCCUGAAGCACUGAGGGCAGAGGUAUGGCAGUUAUUAGCAGGUUGCCAUGACAACCAGGCAAUGCUGGAUAGAUAUCGCCUUCUUAUCACAAAGGACUCAGCCCAGGAGAGUGUCAUCACUCGAGAUAUUCAUCGUACAUUUCCUGCACAUGAUUACUUUAAAGAUACUGGAGGAGAUGGCCAGGAAUCACUCUACAAGAUCUGCAAGGCCUACUCUGUCUACGACGAAGACAUUGGGUACUGUCAAGGACAGUCCUUUCUUGCUGCUGUAUUGCUGCUGCAUAUGCCAGAGGAACAAGCAUUUUGUGUUUUGGUGAAAAUCAUGUAUGACUAUGGUUUACGAGAUCUCUACAAAAACAACUUUGAAGAUCUUCAUUGCAAGUUCUAUCAGUUGGAAAAACUAAUACAGGAGCAGUUACCGGACCUGCACCACCAUUUUUGUGUUCUGAACCUGGAAGUUCAUAUGUAUGCCUCCCAGUGGUUCCUCACUCUUUUUACAGCCAAAUUCCCACUCUGCAUGGUCUUCCACAUCAUCGACUUACUGCUUUGUGAGGGUUUGAAUAUAAUCUUUCAUGUAGCCUUGGCUCUCCUAAAGACCUCAAAGGAAGAUCUUCUGCAGGCUGAUUUUGAAGGUGCUUUAAAGUUUUUCAGAGUUCAGCUUCCAAAGAGAUACAGGGCAGAGGAAAAUGCCAGAAGAUUGAUGGAGCAGGCUUGCAAUAUUAAGGUACCAACCAAGAAACUGAAGAAAUAUGAGAAAGAAUACCAGACAAUGCGAGAGAGUCAGCUGCAGCAGGAAGACCCAAUGGAUAGAUACAAGUUUGUAUAUUUGUAGGUAACUCCACCUGUUGCAUUUAUACUUGGAAUCUUCAUAAGAAGCUGAGAGAAAGAGAGGGAAAAAGAAAGAGAGAAAGUGGCUAUCGACUACUUUCAAAAAUGAGAAAACAAGUGGCACAGUACUGUGUUAGCUGUGCAUGGUCACAUCCACAAAGACUUUUAGAAGGUGAAUUGUUCCCAGCUUGGCACAAGAAUGUUUCAGACUUUCCUCUGUCUGUAGCAACUGUCAAAAAUACAAACUCAUUUGGAAGGAAAAAUAAAACCCACAAAGGUUAAUGGAGCACAGUAAUGGUGUUUGUCGCAACAUUUAUUUCCACAAAUCUGAGUAACAGUGACAUCUCAUUAUAGUACAGUCCCAGAAUCAAGGCUGAUUUCAGUUGAAUAUCUUAGUUAGUUGUAGUAUUUUUUAAAAAUUGGGCCCCUCUCAUCGAUAGAGCUCUUCAAUGGUAAUUAGCAACACUAUUCCCAUGAAGCAAUGUUGGGGAAACACUGAUUUCAAACUUACUGUUUUCCAGCUGACAUAUUGUCUCUCUUGAACAUGUUUUAAUUCCUCAGAUUCCUACAGAUGGUUCCCUCCCUUUUCAUGUCAGUAACACUGGGAUAACAGAGUAUUGUAAUUUUCACACUGAGCACCACCAAUGCCAAAAUAUGCUGCCAAAAAAAAGUACUGGGGCGCAAUUAUUAAUUUAAUCACCCACAGUGGGCAGACUUCCACUUUUGUAACUGUAGUUGCCUUUAUGUGGUCAGAGAAAUCAACAAGGGCCGCUGUAGCCACAGUACCUCUUGUCUCUGUUGUGGGCUGAGUGACAUGGGAGGCUCCCAGAGGGGCAUGGCAGGAGUACAUGGAUUUUGUAGUCAGAACCGAGUUCAAAUACUGGCUUUCCAAGAAAAAAAAACACAGGAUUUGUUAUCCACAUUGAGGGGUUUUAAUACCUAUCCCAUUGUUCAGCAUCUUGGCUAGUUAUUGAACCUCUUCCUCAUCUGUGAAACACGUAGUAGCAUACACAUUUCCUUGAAGGACUUUUGCAAAGAUGAGGGAUGUUGUGUGGUAGUACCUAGCACAUAGUUGGUGUUCAGUAAUUGGUUGUUAUUAGCCUUAUUAGACCUACUGCCUCCAAGUACCUCGAUAUUACUAAAGUAAUAUCCCCUCACAUGAAUCUGUACUCCCAGUCCCUCGCUUAUCUUCUCCAUAUAUCUCCCAAGCAUUGUUGCCCGAUAAUCCGACAUCAGUAUGUUUCUCCCUGUGUUCAUAGAACUGGCUAAAGGACUGUCAGUAAGAUCCCACAUACUGCUGUGGUAGGUAACCAUUAACCCAUAAACUACUCACAGAAUAAGGUUUGAAGCUGAUUUCCACCACCACCACCCCUCAAUAAAAUUAAUUUUAAUAUAGCUUACAUAGCAUGCUGCUUUAGAAAGGCCUGAAGCAGUCAUUAUAAAUUUUUAAAAAAAAUUU